CUGCACGAGUACAAAUCCUCAUCGCAUCGUAUUUUCCGGUUGAACAACAUCGCAAAAGCACUGAAGUUUUUGGAAGACAGCAAUGUCAAACUGGUUAGCAUCGACGCAGCAGAAAUAGCGGACGGCAACCCAUCUCUGGUUCUCGGGCUGAUAUGGAACAUCAUCCUCUUCUUCCAGAUCAAGGAGCUCACGGGCAACCUCAGCAGGAACUCCGCAUCCUCCAGCCUGUCGCCUGGCUCCGGGAGCACGGAUUCCGACUCCUCCUUCCCCCCCACACCCACCACGGAGAGGAGCGUGGCGACGUCCGUGAAAGACCAGAGGAAAGCCAUCAAGACCCUGCUGGCCUGGGUGCAGAGGAAGACCCGGAAGUAUGGCGUGGCGGUGCAGGACUUCGCGGGCAGCUGGAGGAGCGGCAUGGCUUUCCUGGCCAUCAUCAAGGCCAUCGACCCCAGCCUGGUGGACAUGAAGCAGGCGCUGGAGGACUCCGCUCGGGCAAACCUGGAGAAGGCGUUCAGCAUCGCACACGAGGCCCUGCGCAUCCCCAGGCUGCUGGACCCCGAAGACAUCAUGGUCGACCCGCCGGAUGAGCAGUCCAUCGUGACUUACGUGGCCCAGUUUCUGGAACGUUUCCCGGAGCUGGAAGUCGAGGACUUCAUGGAAUCAGAUAAAGAGAUCCCCGUCGAAUCCACCUUUGUCCGCAUCAAAGAAACCCCUUCGGAACAGGAGAGCAAAAUCUUGCUGGUGACAGAAAACGGGGAGUGCGCCUACUCCGUGAGCCACGACACCAGCCACCCGCCACCCGCCAAGGUCUUCGUCUGCGACUCGCCCGAGAGCGUGCAGGGCAUGUGCCUGAGCGGCAGCCGCGUCCUGUCCGACAGCUCCUCCGACUUCAUGCACCAGAUCAUCGACCAGGUCCUCCAGGGCAGCCCGGGGAAGACGGGCAGCACCGGCGAGCCGCCCCUGGAGUCUUCCAUCUUAGCCACCAGGAAGGACGGCCGCAGGUCCAACUCACUGCCCAUCAAGAAAACCGUCCACUUCGAGGCCGACGUGUACAAGGACGCCUCCUGCAGCAAGGACCCCUUCUACACUCAAGACCUGCGCUUCGAAGGGAGCCCGCGGACGGCGCAGGUCGGACAGGGGCCGGCAGCUGACGCCGCAGAGGACAAGGAGCUGCAGCACGAAGUCGCCAAGACCCCUGAGGCAGCCCCCAACGGGGUCCCCCGGGGUGUCCCUGCAGCUGCCGGGUCCCUCAGCAGCUCCCAGCCUCCCUCUCCCUGCGAUGGCGCCGAGGAGAGCCCAGCCAGUCACAGAGAAGAAAGUCACCCUCCUCCGCCCCCCGCAGAAGACACCCUGAUGGCCAGCUCCUUGGAGGUCAAGGUGAAGCUGCUGACCGUGGAGGCUAUGGACAAAGACGAGUGUUUCGACAGCAUACCGUUAAAAGCCUCGAAGUUUAGCAACAACCUGGUAGAUUUUGCUUCCACCAGCCGAGCUGUCGGCGAGGUCCCUUCCCCUCGUGAGGAGACACCUGCUGAGGACGAGGGCUUUGAGGAUCAGGAUGAAAACUUUGUAGGUAAAAGGAGCGCCAAGUCCGCCCACAAAAAGCAGGAGUCCUCGGAAUGCCAGGUGGAAUCCAGCGAACAUGAACUUCCCAGUGACGCGACACUGGAAGAGACAGCGGAGAGAAAGCCAGAGGUGUAUGAAAAGGCCAAGAGGAAAUCCACCUGCCGUCGUCGCCGCAGCCGUGGGGAGGGGGAGGAGGAGGAAGGCGAAGGCCUGCAGGGGCCUGGCGGGGAGCUUCCUUCCAACCCCACCAGCAGCAGCGUCAGCCUGGAGAGGCUCGGGAGUCCCGGCAAAGACGGCGUGGACUUCACACCCUCGCCACCGCUGUCCAAGGUCUCGGUCAUUCCGCACGACCUCUUCUACUACCCGCACUACGAGGUGCCCCUGGCCGCGGUGUUGGAGGCGUACGUGGAGGGCACGGAGGACUUGAAGAUGGAGGAGACGGAUCUGGGCGAGCAGGAGGGGGGCUGUUCGCACCCCCGGGAGGAGGCCGACGCCUCCUGGAGCAGCUGCAGCUUCUCAGGGCCAGGCGAGGGCCUCCCGCGGGCCAGCGACCUGGAGCCGGCUCCCAACAAGGCUGCCACCCCGGCUUCAGAUCCUGCCCCUCCUGACCCCCGCGAGGACUGCCAGCCGAGGCAGACUGAAGAGAGUGACCCUGUGGAGAGCCCGCAGUCCCAGGAAUCCCCAAGCUUGGAAUCUGUAGCAAACCCCUUAGAAGCAAAGGUAGUGGAAGAAUCGAUCAGCAGUAAAAAGAAGGAGAAACGGAAGCACGUGGACCACGUAGAAAGCUCAUUGUUCGUGGCGGCUGGGGCUGUGCGAUCCUCGGAUGACCUGGACGAUGACCCCGGAGACCGCAGAGUCCCGUCCAGGACUAGCCACAGUGACUCCAGCAUUUACCUGCGGCCACAUACUAAUAGGUCUUUGGAAUCGGAUCAUUUUAGCUAUGUUCACUCGAGGAACGCAGCUGAUCUGGAUGACAGGAGACACCGAAUACUAACCAGGUACAAUACUGAGAGGCUCACUGAGCUGAUUUUACAGUUUUAUGGCAUCAGAGCCGAUCUGAAGAGGGAGUGCAAGCAAGCCAGGAUGUCCAUGAAAGCCGACAACUCGGGCGAAGCCGCAGCGCCGGGGACGCACAGCCCGCACAGCGACUCCCUGACGCAGCUGGUGCAGCAGCCGGACCUGGUGUAUUUCAUCCUCUUCCUGUGGCUCCUGGUGUACUGUCUGCUGCUCUUCCCACAGCUGGAUGUCAACAGACUCUGAAGUGUGUCUGGAUAAUAAAGAGACAGGACCCUGA